AUGUCGAACUACGGGUUAAGGGAUGGAAAUAUGAAAACUGACAGUUUCUUUGGCACAGCCGAUGAGUUUGAUGAGGGAACGGUUGCCGACUGUAACACCUUCUCGGAGUACCGGUACGGACGUCCUGUAUACGAGGGGACCUCAACUGCGUGCUUUGACAACGGACUUUUGUACCGUGUCAUCGAGGAAAGGCACGGCGGGCGCUGGUCUUUCUACAACGAUACCCCAAAUUGCAUCAUGCGUGUAGAAGUGAAUUUUAAACCUGGCUCUGAGGUUAAGGCGCUUGGAAAUACGUCGCUUAAAAAGGAAUCCGACGGAUCUUCUGUUUGCACGGUGUCCGUGCACCCACUUGAAACGGAGCUUUUUAUAGAGGGCAGCCCGGGUGGAUACACAAGCAACAUAAAGGCCGAAGGCCUCACGGAUGAAUACUUGGUAGAUCUGGUUGUGGAGGACAAGGAGACAAUUGACAAGGAAACCUACGACCUAUACCAAUUGGUUGGCAAAGAUGCCUCAUCUGAUGAGGCCGUGAAGGCGUGCCUCGCGAACAAGGUGAAGUUUGUGGAUUUUGCUUUUCCACCUGAGCAACAGUCAAUUCAAAUUGGUUCCCUGAUGAAGAUGAAGAUGAUCCCACUGGAGCGUCCAUGUAUGUACUUAUCCUAUGAAAACGCCAAGCAAGUUCGCCUGUUUCGCAGUGGCGUUCAUCCAAACAAUAUUGAUGAGGGUGACUUGGGUGAUUCGUGGUUUAUUGGUGCUGUGGCCGCCCUUGCGGAGUUUCCAGACAGGGUGCGUGAUAUAUUUCGCCACCCCGUUAGCAUUGCGGAAGGAAAGAAGGAACGGGAGCUUGGCAUUUAUCGUGUCACCUUCAACAAAAAUGGCUGGUGGUUGAACGUUAUCGUGGACGACUACUUGCCCUGCGCGGGAGGUCGCCCAAAGUUUGCACGUUCCAAGCACGACCCAAUGGAGAUGUGGGUUUCAAUUCUGGAAAAGGCAUAUGCGAAGAUACAUGGUGGUUACGGUUUUAUCAUCGCCGGUGAUCCACUGCACGCCUUGCAAGACAUAUCGGGCUAUCCAUGCUCCUCCUUUAACAAUGCUUUGGCUGAGGCAAGGGUGACUGGGGGGGAGGAGUUGUUUGAACAUUUUCUGCAGUACAGUCGUCUUGGCUACCUGGUCAUAUUUGUAGCUCCCACACGAGAGGCAUUGAAAAGUGCCGCAGGUGGAAGGGAUGAGUCCGCAUACGAGGCUACGGGUCUACGCGCGGGACACGUGUACUCCGUUUUGAAGAUAGUACACUUUCCAGAGUAUAAUCUUCGCCUAUUGCAGUUCCGUAACCCUUGGUUUAACGAGGGCGAUGCUACCUGGAGUGGAAUUUGGAAGAAAGGCGACAAAAAGUGGGAUGAGUACGCUGAAGUGCGGGCUGCCUGCGACUACUCGGAGGGGGAUGGGUCCAUCUUUUACCUUGAGUGGCCGGAGGCCGUAGAGUACUUUAUGGGUUGUGGUGUCAGCUUUAUUCAACACCCCAUGUACGACUUCCGCAUUCGCGGCUGCUUCAUGCAAAACGUUCCCACCACAUGCUUGGAGAUUUCCGUGACCACCCCCGUCAUUCUCUGCCUUCUGCUCUCUCAGGAUGACAUGCGUGGCACCGAUAAGCGUGAGUAUGCCCCACUCAUGAUAAGUGUCGCGCACGGCUGCGGUGCAGUGACUCCAAUGCGCGUGGACCUCAACAGUGGGUUUGACACGGACCACCCUUCCCCCGAGUACGCCUUCUUCCAGACCCGCGAGAGCAGCAUGUUCUACGAAUUUGUCCCUGAAAGCUCCCCCUACUUGGUGGUGCCACGCUCCAUGAGUACGUACCCCAUCCUGCCGUACGUCUUGGGCUUGCGCAGUCCGAUUGAGGUGGGCACGAAGAAUAGCCAGGUGCGUGUGCUGUUCCGUGCGCUCUCCCCCAGCUGCGGCGUCUUUGAUAACAGGAGGAACUUUGACGCCUCAACAGUGCCCUGCCAGGCGGAGUUUCAGGUGAUGGAUCCCGAGCAGUUUUUUCCCGACAUCUACGCCGGCACCGUCCUUCAGGUUGAGUAG